AUGUUGAUGGAGCUUGGAAGCCAUGCUCUUCGAUCGAUAUCCCAGGCUGUUUCGUACGCGCCGACAGCCGUCUCCUCACAGCCGGAUCGGAAUGAUCUCUCGGCCAUUGACGGCGAUGUGGAGGUGAUCUUCUUCGACUUUGACGGCACGCUCACAAAGACUCCGGGGACGCUGGCCUCGCAUGCCAGCAAGCUUGUGGAGUUACGGGAGAGGACACCAAUGCUCCAGCCACGGCUCGAGCGCCUACGAGAGGCAGGAGUAACCCUGGCCGUGAUCUCGAAGAGCACGGAGCAAACUGUUUCCUAUGCGUUGGAGGAGACAGGACUGAGAGACUUUUUCAAUGGCCCCAUACUCGGCAAGGCAGCCCGCGUCGAUGGCAAAGCUGGCAUCAUCCAGGAGCUCUUCGAGGAGGGAGGAUGCUUCCAUCACCUAGGGGAGGAGGCUUGGGACAAGGCGAUCCUCAUAGACGAUGACAUCUGCGAGCUGGUAUCGGCUCGUGAAAUUGGCAUGCAAACUUUCGCGGCACCUGCCCAGGGGGGUCUACAAGAUGAGGACUUCGAUGACCUCUUCAGAUCAAUGGGCUUGGACACGGGGGCAGAGUCUGAGGUUGACAUGGACCCGACGACCCCACUGGCCCAGCCGAAGCGGAAGAAGCGUCAUCGGCCCGUCCGCCUGGAAGACAUCCAGCUGGAGAACGAGACCAUUCGCAGCUUGUGGACACAGGGCCUAGUUGGGCAGAGCUUGAAGCUGGACGUUGAAAGUGCGCAGAAAGAGUUCAACGAGGACGAGGAGCGUCCGAAGCUCAUUGACUACUACGACGUGACAGAGGAGCUCGGCCAGGGCUCCUUCGGCACAGCCUACGUCGGCCACUACCGUGCCACGGGGUUGCUUUGCGCCGCCCCGAAGCGGCAAGUUUUGAGGAGGGGGUUACUGUAG